GAGGAGGAGCAGGAAGAAAGGCAGGAGAGAAGAAGACAGGAGGAUGAGAGGAGGCAGCAGGAGGCGAGGGAGGACAGAAGAAGGCAGGAGAGGAGAGAACAAGAGGAUAGAAGAAGGCAAGAGGCAGAGAGGAGACAACAGGAGGAGAGAAGGCAGCAGGAGGAGAGGAAGAGGCAGCAGGAAGUAAGGACGCGACAGGAGGAAGCCAGAAGACAGCAGGAAGGGAGAAGGGAGCAAGAAGCAGGGAGACAGCAGGCAAGUCAGCAGGAAGGAAAGAGACAGCAGGAAGGGAGAAGAGAGCAAGAAGCAGGGAGACAGCAGGCAAGUCAGCAGGCAGGGAGAAGAGAGCAAGAAGCAGGGAGACAGCAGGCAAGUCAGCAGGAAGGAAAGAGACAGCAGGCAGGGAGAAGAGAGCAAGAAGCAGGGAGACAGCAGGAAGGGAGAAGAGAGCAAGAAGCAGGGAGACAGCAGGAAGGGAGAAGAGAGCAAGAAGCAGGGAGACAGCAGGAAGGGAGAAGAGAGCAAGAAGCAGGGAGACAGCAGGCAAGUCAGCAGGAAGGAAAGAGACAGCAGGAAGGAAGUAGGAGGCAACAGGAAGAAAGGAGGAGGCAGCAGCACGAGAGCCACUUCACGGUGAGGGGGCACGCAUCAAGGUCACAGCAGGAAGGUCAGCAGGAGGAGGAGAGACACUUUGGGCAGAGGCGUCAAGAGGAAGCCCAAGCUCAGCAGGUGGUAUUACAGCAGCAGACUGAACAGCACUUUGAGCAGAAGGCACAGCAGGCAAGUCAGCAGGAACAGCAGAAGGAGACUGAACAGCACUUUGGGCAGAAGGCACAGCAGGCAAGUCAGCAGGAACAGCAGAAGGAGACUGAGCAGCACUUUGAGCAGAAGGCACAGCAGGCAAGUCAGCAGGAACAGCAGAAGGAGACUGAGCAGCACUUUGAGCAGAAGGCACAGCAGGCAAGUCAGCAGGAACAGCAGAAGCAGACUGAACAGCACUUUGGACAGAGUGCACAGCAGGCACGUCAGCAGAAACAGCAGGUCAUUCACCGCCAGCAAGAAGUACAACAGCAGACCGAACAGCACUUCCAGCAGAGGGAGGAAGAGGAGAGGGCGCAGCAGGCAAGUCAGCAGGGACAGCAGACUGAGCAGCACUUUGAGCAGAAGGCACAGCAGGCACGUCAGCAGGAACAGCAGGUCAUUCACCGCCAGCAGGAAAUACAACAGCAGACCGAACAGCACUUCCAGCAGAGGGAAGAAGAGGAGAGGGCGCAGCAGGCAAGUCAGCAGGGACAGCAAGAGAUUCGGCAAGAACAAGAGCAACUUUUCCAGCAGCGUGGACACAAGCUGGCUGACACUCAGCAGUUAGGCGAAGAGGAGCAGCUUUUUGAGCAGACAGGAGAAAGAACGGUACAGAAGGACCAGCACCUUGAGCAGUCUGGCCAGCAGGAAGAGCAGUCUGAGCGGAAGGAACAAACAGGGACAAGCAGGCAAGAGGAAAUACUACAAAGCAGCCUCUUUGAGCAGAGCGUGCAGGAGACAGGAACAGAGCAGGCAGAUCAGCAGGUCAGUCAGAGAGCUGAGCAGCAGCAACAUGCGGCAGGACAGGAUCAGCAGAAGGCGAGGAUGCAACAAGCAGGUCAGCAGAAAGGGAAGCAGGUGGGUCAGCAGGAGACAGUGACGGUGGUGCAGAGCAGCGGGCAGCAGGGUGAAGGCCUCCGUCAGCCGGCCCCGCCCCACGCCACGCUGGAGGCCGUGUCUCCCCCGCGUGGCGGCCAGGGCGAGCGGCAGGGCCUGCGGGUGCGUCUAAGCCACAGCGGUCGCUUCAUCAGCAGCGAGUCCCGCGAGUCACAGGAGUACGGCGUGCCGAUCCUCGCCACGGGGCCACAGUACACUGACUCAGAGUCACUGGAAGACUCGACUCUGGAACGGUUUUUCAUCACCUUCCCACCUAAGCUUCCUACUAGGACCAGUGAGUCACGUGAGUCACUGGAAUACGGCGUCCCCCUCUCUGCCACGAGGCCACAGUACACUGACUCACAGGAGUCUCUGGAAGAGCUGACUCAGCAACAGUUUUCAGUUUCCUUCCAAACAGCAGCCGGCCGGCAGGCCAGUGAGUCACACGAGUCACGGGAGUACGGCGUGCCCCUGUCUGCCGCGGGGCCACAGUACACUGGCUCGUCAGAGUCACAAGAAGACUCGACUCUUGAACGGUUUUUCGUCACCUUCCCACCUAAGCUUCCUACUAGGAUCCUUGAGUCACGCGAGUCACUGGAAUACGGCGUCCCCCUCUCUGCCACGAGGCCACAGUACAUUGACUCACAGGAGUCACUAGAGUUUGUGAGGCACCAAGAAACUAUUCGUGUACCCUCUGCCACGCGUCAUCAAGUCACUGAGUCACGUGAGUCACUGGAGCAAGGCGUACCCCUCUCGGAUGCGGGUCCACAGUAUUCUGACUCACAAGAGUCACUGGAAUUGGUGAGUCAACAUGCUGGCGCUGCACCGCUACCAGCUGCCCCACAGUUUCCAGAGUCUCGUGAGUCAGUGGAAUUCGGCGUGCCAAUGGCGGCGGCCGGGCAGCGGCACCAGGCCACAGAGUCCCGGGAGUCCCUGGAGAGGUUCAGUGACGAGCGACUCGUACACUCGCGCGUGCCGGUGCGCCUGGCCCCGGCCCCGACAGCGGCCCCUUCCACCCAGCAGGCAGGCGCCCACGCUGACACCCGGACCCAGGCCACUGUGGAGCACACACUAGCUGGGGCAGACUUGCCACUUGUGGAACAAUCAGCGACACCUGUGGAACAAUCAGUACCAUCAACAGAACCUGUGGAACACUUAGUGACACGUGUUGAACAAUCGGCAGCACCAGCGGGAGAAAUGAUAUCACCUGUGCAACAAUCGGCAGCGCCUGUGGAACACUCUGCGGCACCUGUGGAACAACCGACAGCGCCUGUGGAACACUCAGCAACACCUGUGGAACAAUCGGCAGCACCUGUGGAACACUCAGCAACACCUGUGGAACAAUCGGCAGCACCUGUGGAACACUCAGCAACACCUGUGGAACACUCAGCAGCGCCAGAAAAGCAUUUCGUCGCCACCCAACACUCGGCAGCACAGGAGGAACUUUCGGUACUUAUGGAGGACACGGUGGCACCUCAGCAAGACUUAGCAGAACGUGUGCAGGAGUUCGCACCUGCUGAACACGCGGCAACACCUGUGGAGCACUCAGCAGCACCGGUGGAACCUGACACAUCAGCAGCACCAGUGGAGCAAACAGUACCGGUGGAGCCCUCGGCAGCACCCGUGGAACAGUCAUUCUCAACAGGAGCGGCGAAACAGUCAUUCUCAGCAGGGGCGGCGGAACAGUCAUUCUCAGCAGGGGCGGCGGAACAGUCAUUCUCAGCAGGGGCGGCGGAACAGUCAUUCUCAGCAGGGGCGGCGGAACAGUCAUUCUCAGCAGGGGCGGCGGAACAGUCAUUCUCAGCAGGGGCGGCGGAACAGUCAUUCUCAGCAGGGGCGGCGGAACAGUCAUUCUCAGCAGGGGCGGCGGAACAGCCGUCCUCAGCGGGGGCGGCGGACAGUCAGCAGGAGCAGUCGUCGGGCAUACUGGCGUCGGUCCUGGCCGUGAUGGAGCGUCUGGGUGUGCCGGUGGUGAGCCUGUCCGGCCUGAGCAGCGCCCCGGACCUCUCGGCCCAGGACCAGGGCCUGUCCCUCCAGCUGGAGGCCGCCCACUCGCUAGAACUGCGGCCAUCACUGGAACGAGACUCACAGGAGGUGUCCGGACAACAGGGCGUGUCCUUUACAGUCUCAAGAGACUCACUUGAGCUGACAGACCCCACAGACACAGAGUCAUUGGAGUUUAGAGUGUCACAACAUCAACAACAACAACAGUCAGAGGGAGGCUCAGGCCAACACAGCGUGUCGUUCACUGUCUCAAGAGACUCUUUUGAACUGCGGGACCCCACAGACACAGACUCGCUGGAGUUUAGAGUGUCACAACAACAACAACAACAACAACAGUCAGAGGGAGCCUCAGGACAAAACAGUGUGUCAUUUACUGUUUCAAGAGAUUCUCUUGAGCUCACAGACCCCACAGACACAGACUCACUGGAGUUUAGAGUUUCACAACAACAACAACAUCAACAGUCAGAGGGAGCCUCAGGACAAAACAGUGUGUCAUUUACUGUUUCAAGAGAUUCUCUUGAGCUCACAGACCCCACAGACACAGACUCACUGGAGUUUAGAGUUUCAGAACAACAACAACAACAAUCAGAGGGAGUCUCAGACCAACGCAGCGUGUCAAUCACUGUCUUAAGGGACUCUCUGGAGCUCACAGACCCCACAGACACAGACUCACUGGAGUUUAGAGUUUCACAACAACAACAACAGUCAGAGGGAGCCUCAGGACAAAACAGUGUGUCAUUUACUGUUUCAAGAGAUUCUCUUGAGCUGACGGACCCCACAGACAGAGACUCACUGGAGUUUAGAGUUUCACAACAACAACAACAACAGCAACAGUCAGAGGGAGCCUCAGGACAAAACAGUGUGUCAUUUACUGUUUCAAGAGAUUCUCUUGAGCUCACAGACCCCACAGACAGAGACUCACUGGAGUUUAGAGUUUCACAACAACAACAACAACAGCAACAGUCAGAGGGAGCCUCAGGACAAAACAGUGUGUCAUUUACUGUUUCAAGAGAUUCUCUUGAGCUGACGGACCCCACAGACACUGACUCACUGGAGUUUAGAGUGUCACAACAACAACAACAACAACAACAACAGUCAGAGGGAGCCUCAAGACAAAACAGUGUGUCCUUCACUGUCUCAAGAGACUCUCUGGAGCUGGCGGACCCCACAGACACUGACUCACUGGAGUUUAGUGUCUCACAACAACAACAACAACAGUCAGAGGGAGCCUCAGGACUAAACAGCGUGUCAUUCACUGUUUCAAGAGAUUCUCUGGAGCUGACGGACCCCACAGACACAGACUCACUAGAAUUUAGAGUGUUACAACAACAGCCACAAGGAGUCUCGGUACAGCGUGGCGUGUCUCUCUCUACUUCACAACAGCAGCAGCAAUUACGUGGCACGACCUUCACUGCCUCGCAGUCAGCGCAAGCGUCACAUGGAGCCCAGACGGCCUUCGUGCUGGAAGUUUCUAGGGAGGACGAAUCCCCUGACCUACAGCUGUCACUUGAGCGCGUGGAGCAGCAAGACUCCCUGGAGCGUGUGGGGGAGAAUGACUCCCUAGAGCGGCUGGUGCCUGUGAACCUUGCCACCCUGGAGGCUCAUGGCGUGCUGCUGGCUGACUCAGGGCCUCAAGUGCUUGUGGAAACUGUGGAACCUGUGGCAGGAGAACAAGCUGGAGUGGAUCUCUCCUCCUCCGGGGCGCAGACAGAGGCAGGGCAAGCGUCACCUUUUGACCAGGUGAUCCUCGUAGUAGACCUUUCUACUAAACCUGACUGGGCUGAAGACCUGCGACCCUCCCUUGAGCGUGACCAUCCCGCGGACUCCCCGGUGGAAUUUAGGCGCGUGGACCAGACUCUCUCAGACCAGCAUGAAGUGUUCCUGGCAGGUGCUGGAGCCCAGACGGAAGUUGAGGCCGCCCCCCAGCAAGAACUUGUCUCCCCUGUGUCCAGCGUGCUUGCACAGGACACAGCACAAGUAGCACCCCAAAAGAAGCCUCCCGCACCAGUGCAAGUCCAAAUGACACACGCGUUUGUUGAGUCACGUGGUGAAUCUCUGCCGCCGGUGCAUCCCACAGAGCCAGAGGCACCCACGGAACGCCAUGGAGUACCUCUGUCACCGGUGCAGCUCAAAACGUCUCGUCCACCUGCCCAGCACACCUCAGCUGUGAUACCAACACCUCAGAGAGUACACAUGCCAUCAUUGGAACGCAUCGAACCACAGGCACCUGAAGUAUCCCCCGGAUUGCCGCUGUUACCUGUGGGUCAUGAAAACACGAUUGCACCUGUGGAAGACGACGGAGUAGCUACUGCACCGGCAGAAAGCCAUAAGCCGCAAUCAGCUAUAAAACCCAAGCCGCUAGAUGCCCAGGGGGUACCAUUGUCCUCAGUGGAACAGCAGCAGUCACAAACACCUGCUGUCCUCAGUGGAGCGCCUUUGUCAGCGUUGGAGGGCGAGGCGCCGCGUGCACCUCAGUCACCUGUGCAACUACAAAAGCCACAAGAGGCCGCUCCUCCACAGCAGGCCAGGUUUGGAGUACCUCUGCCCCCCGCGGUACUCUUCAGCUCACAAACUGCUGGGGAAUCCGGAGCCUCCCAAACACUUGGGGAGCACAAGUUUGGCCUCCGUUUGGCCUCUGAGCAGCCCCUGAGGACCAUCGUGUCACUGGAGCGUGACGACUCCACUGUGGACACCCUAGAGCAUUUAGAAUCUAAGGAAGUAUUUGACGUCACAGAAGAUCCGCACGACGACCUCCAUGACACAGUGGAGGUUCUGGACUCAAAGGAAGCUAUAACGAGAGGGGUGGUCGGAGAGUCCUUGUUCUCGACGCGGUCUCAAGCGUCUGCACAACCUAUCUCUCCCGCACAGUCCUCCCAGGGUUUCAAAGACGCUCAAAAGGAAGAACCUCAAGAACAGAUCCACUUUGAACAAGUUCAGAGCCAGCAACAGCCCCACCCUCAAGAACCUCAUCGUCAACAACAAUUACAAUCAGUAGGAGUCCAUCCUCAGCAGCUCCAGUCCGUACAGUCAACAGGACAACAAGACUCUUUCUUUGUCUUUGACCCCAAUGAACCGCUGUCCCUGGAGCUUGCGGAGCCCGUGGACAAGUUCUUCUCUCUUGAACGCCUCUCCACCGGUAACCCAGAAGACUCUGCGACCUUCAUCCUGCAGGAAGAGGGUCUGAUCUCUUCUGAGGUGCAGGACACAACAGAGACCCUUGACACGAAGGAAGUGUUUGACGUGGACUCGUCAGAGCGCCGCACUCCAGCGGAGGGUCACGAUCGAACGCAAUCUGGCAUUUCUCUCUUCUUUCAGCAGCUGGGACAAGGUGGAGGAGCUGCAGGACAGAGUGCAAGGGAAAAACAGGCAAGUCACUCCACGACGGUGAAUACUGACGGGGUUCAGAAAAACUCACUGCAGCAGGCCAUCGAGAACCUGAUGGUGAGUCUGCUGCAGGCUGGAGGGGGCCAAGAAACUCCUGAGACCGCCACGACGACCUUCCAUGUGACUGAGGACGAGGACUUAGGGGCCUUCCAGCAGGCUACGGAGGUGCUCCCAACGACUGUUGUGUUUACUGAGGAAGCAACAGAAGCAGAAGCAGACACGACCCUUCCUGCGACGACUACUUUUCACGUAAUUGAGGACAAGGGCUUCGGUGAAUUCCAGCAGGGUAGCGAAGUAUUCCCUACGACCCUGGUGAUUACUGACGAAGCAGCAGAAACAGAGACUGCAACGGAGGAUGACCUGGCCUUCAUCGAGCAGGAAGCAUUUACAACCCUAUUGCCUGCUGAGGAGGGUUUGAUCACGACCAGCCUUCCCGAGGAAGAGCAGGCCACAACCCUCGCACCCAUGAAGAAAGAGGUCACCACAUUCCUUCCGAUCCGGCAGGUCACAAUUUCUGUCAGAGGAUCCGAGCAUGAGGACGCCAUCCCAGUCCAAGAGGUCACCACAUUCGUCCCAGUUCAGCAGGAGGUCACCACGUUCAUGCCAGUUCAGCAGGAGGUCACCACGACGGUUGGCACGAUCCAGGAGCAGGAGCAGGAGUUUAUCACCACCACCACCACCACUGAUGUUCCGCUCAAGAAGGAGGUGACGACUUUCAUCCCGGUGCAGCAGGAACUAACCACCUUCAUCCCUCGUGAGCUGCAAGACGCCACCACCUUACCAGCAGACCAGCAAGAAGACACUACUUUUUUCCUUGCUAGUCAGCAGGAAGAGGUCACCAUUCUCCCAAGUGAGCAGGAGGAAGCUACCCCGAAUACUCCCACUAAUACUGCUGCUGCUGCUGCUGCUGCUGCUGAGUCAACUGUUGCUACCACAUUCUCGCAUGACGUCACCACCACUGUGUCCCCAGAUGAGCAAGAACUGUCCACUACAUUCGUUCCAGAAGCAACGGAAGAAGCACGCGCCUCCAUCGCCACCACGAGGAAAGCCCAGCCCGGCACACCGUUCAGACGAAGGAUCAAGAAACUCCAGCGCCCAAGGACACGAUACGAAACUCCAACAACACUCUACGAGGUGCCCAAGCCUCAACGCCCCGCAAGGCUGUACGGACUGCCCAAUCUUCAGGAGCAGAGCAGCGAGGGGCCUCAACGCACCAGAACGAGGCUGAUAUCCCCCAAGACGCGGCAGGAACGACCAAGAGGUGUCGGAGCCACGUCACUACGACCCACGAACGACCGCACUGAUUACAGACGAUCCAGAUUUUCACGACCUGUUUUUGGUCUCUCCAGAACGGCGAACUAAAUUAGAAUCAUCGUAGGCUACGUCGACCUGCUAUUCCUGGCAAGUAACCUUUUUUUGUUUUUUAUAUUACUUUUUUUUUUUUUUGCUGCCUACCAUGUAAUAACGCUUGUUAAAUAUAUAAGAUUGUGUGUCUAUUUAUUUAUUUAUAAUGUAAUUUAUUUCCCACGUAUUGGUUAUUGUACUCUCUCUCUCUCUCUCUCUCUCUCUCUCUCUCUCUCUCUCUCUCUCUCUCUCUUUUCGCGCACGCGCGUUCCAGGGUUCAAUAUUUAUAGUUUUUCGUCCACUUCUUUGUUACGGGAUUUAAAUGUAUUAUAUUAGUUUUCGUCUUUGUCCUCUUCUUCCUUCGGUAACCAAAGAAAGGCAGGAAAAUUUUUAUUAUUGUAUGUAUGACGGCUGAAUAA